ACACAUUUGAUCCCAAAUGGAUGUGGUAUAUUCCUUAAUGAGUACUCAUUUCAGUGCAUCAAUACACAAUCAGUUUGUAUUAUGUAACAAAAACAAAAGUUUAACAGUGGUUUUAAUGUUACAUAUUUGUUAACCACUAGUACAUAUCAUCUACCUAUUUAAACGAACACAUACAUUAAGUAACAUAUUCAUAAUUUUACAUAUAUUUUUACCUCACAAAACUUUGUAACAACAUUGGAAUUUGGCAUUAAGAACAUACUACAAGUAACACCUCCAUUUAUCAUAGAAACGAUAUAAAAAAGAUGACUCAAUUGAACAGUUGUCCAUAGGCAAUGUUUAUUUCGACAGACAUCAAGGUCAAAACAGAUGAAACAACAGAACAGUCAACGGCACACGUCGCAGUGAUCAUUACAAUCUCCCUUGUGGCAAUUAGUGUUAUCAUCGCCGUAACCGUCGUCAUAACAUGUCGACGCCAGGGAGACAACAGAAGAAAGUCAACCAGGAGGCCAAAAGCUGGUACUGACCCUGAAAAUCCUGAAGGCGUGCCUUUACUGCCAAGUAUGCUGGAGUGGGAGAUUCAGAAGACAGAAGAAUUAUUUGAAGAGACUGCUAUCUACCAUAAAGUCAAGGAACGUUUAGGGAACUUUAGACAUGUGACAAUAUCUGGUGCUUCAGGGGACGGAAAGACGUCAAUGGCGCUGAUGUUGGGGUCAGAAUACCAGAAGAAAGGGUAUGAACUAUAUUUUGUCCACAACAUUUCAGAAUUCGAGUUAUGUAGUGAAAUACAAGGUAAAUUUCUGUGUUUCAUAUUUGAUGACAUAUUUGGAACAGUAGAAAUAUCAACCGAUUGACCUCACCUCAGACGGAUUUUAGAUAUUCUCAACUCUUACUUUGAGCAGGUGGCAUCUAACUUUUCUAAAUCAUUCCAAUCUAAUGGAAAACUUGACUCUCAUUCAAAUCACAGAGAAAAAGACAUGGGAAACGUUCGUGUCAUAUUUACCACAAAAUCAUACAAUCUUGACCUGGGAAAAAUACACUUGGGAGAAAAUGAGUGUGUGUUUUUCAAAGGAGAUUCAGUCAUUGACCUUACACGGUCUGAGAGUCGCUACACAGUCGAAGAAAAGAAACAGAUGUUUAUAAAACAUAAAACUUAUAACAGUAACAGUAGUUAUUUUGAUUUAGACAAAAUGUGUGGCAUUAAGGAUCAACUGUUUUGCUUCCCGCUCACAUGCAAACUGUUCUUCAGUUUUCCAAAAUCACAUGAUCAAUAUGAAGAUUUUUUUUUAAGACGCCUCUCAGGGCAGAACUGGAAUCUCUGCUAAAAAAAGGUGAAUAACAAGUCAUCAGCACUGAUCCUUAUGUUGCUUUGUGAAGGUAACCUGAACCUUUGCCAUUUGGAAUCAGGCAGCCAAACGCUUGAGAAACAUCUCUCCACAGUCUCAAGUGUAGUUAGUGGUGUUGACAGUGCAGAGAUUAUCAGUUGCGUGAAGGGAUUUUUCGGUACAUUUUUUACCAAAGCAGACAUCACCAUUAUUUCACACCCAGCAAUCUAUGAUGCCUGUGCCUUUGUCUAUUGCAAAAUCAAUUGUGCUUUUGUAUUACGACACUGCAGCAUACAAUUCCUGUACGAACGUGUUCAGGCCCAAACAGUACCUGCAUGCGAGACUGAUGAGGAUAGGCAUGUGAUCUAUGUAUCAGAUGCCUACAAUGACAUCAUUGCUUCAAGACUGGCAGGGGCUGUGAGGGAGGGGGACUAUCGGAUGUCUAUCAUGCACCCUAUAUUGGAAAGACAUGAUAUAGUGGAUAAGGUCCUUGCUGCAGUCAAACCCUUCCUGACUUCAGUGACAUAUGAACAUGGUAACAACGUAUUUCAUUAUGCCUGUUAUUCGGGAAAUGUGUACAUUGUACGUAAACUCCUUCCUUUUUGUGACAUCAACAGUUAAGGAAGCUGGUUGGACGCCAGUAAUGAUAGCUGUGAUGCUGGGGCCGGAGGGUGUCUUUCACAUUAUUGUGUCAGAGGGAGCUGACAUCACACUGGCCGAUAAAGAGAACAAUAGCUGUCUUCACCUGGCAUGCAUACGCAUACAUAGGUCAUUAGUAGAAUACCUACUGCAAAAUAAUGACAUAAACAUCAGAGGAAAAAUGGGAUGGACACCACUGAUGACUGCAGCUUUGAUUGGAAGGAAAGA